CGUUAAUAUCAACCGUUAACGUUAAUAUUAACGUUUAACGGGUUACUGUUUACGUUAAUUUCAAAUUAACGGAAAUGGUCCACCCCUAGUGACAAUGCAUGAUGAUGAUAGGAUGCAUUACAACGACAUUUGAUGUUAAUCAACGCAAAAUUCGUUAUCCAGCACGAACAAUUCGUCAGGUCUAUAUUCCACCGAAACGAACAGUCUCAAUACCAGUCAACGUGAACAUAUCGUCAGCCAAAGUUUAAUUCCGGCCAUCUUUUCGAUUGGCGCGACAAUCACCAAUGAUAUUGGUAAACAACAUGGUCGUGGCGAAUCACCAAAAGUCACACAUUUCACUUUACAAUCCGACAAAAUAUUCGUACACGAUAGCUGA